UAGAACGUCCAUCAAGCAUGGCGGCCAAGAUGACAUUCGUUACGAAAAUAAGACAUUUUAUUCAAAAUUUAACGCAUACGAUCGAAAAUAUAGCUACACGGCAUACUCAGACAGGUUUACCAGCCGUUUGUUACAAUGGACCAAGUACAGAUCCACAACCAGGAAGGUCCUCUGAGUCUAUCCUAGCAGAUUUAUUUGAGCCAAUUCUAUAUGCUGUUCCAAGAAAUAGAAGAUCUCUUGAAAGAAGGAGGAUGAGAAAAUUUUCACUUCCAGAUAUGGAAACGGCAAGAGUAAAGAAGAAUAUUAUCAUAUGUUUGAAUUGUGGACAUCCCCAUGAGCGACAGACAAUAUGUGGCAACUGCUACUCUAAGGUAAGGGAAGAGACAAAGAAGAUGAGAGAAGCUAUGGACGAGGACAAAUACUACUACGAUCAUCCGAGACAAGAGGUGACCUACCUAUACAAGGGUGAGGAAGAUGUUAAAGACAUUCCAAUGUAUAAAGGGAGAUACCUUGUUGAAGUGGACAGAGAAAGGCCUAGUUGGUUUUCAAAGGAUUUAUUAAAAAAAGUGAAGGGAGAAACGUGAUAGUGAAAUUAAUUCAUUAAAUCAUACUCACAUUUGAUAUUUAAAGGACGGAUAUCAAGAGACUUUAAAAAGACGAUUUAGAGAAACUUUUUUUUAAGUUGUAACUAAUUUCCGGUUUUUUUUGUUGUUGUUUUUUUUUGUUAGGCUGGCUUGGAAUGCAUUUCCAUUGCCCUUGCCUGAAAUACACAUAUUUAAGUAUGUGAUAGAAAUACCUGGCUCCAGGAUAACUGUUAAGGCGGUAACGAGGCUCUGCAGAGUUAACCGAAAACAGUUCUCCCAGAGCCAGAUAUUUCCAUCCCCACAUUCAACUAGUGAUAGAUUCUUUUUCUUGCAUGCUGUAUUCUUCAGUUAAUACAAGAAAUAAAGUAAAAUGAAUGUUUUUCUUUUAGGCACUAUUUUAUAAUAGUAGCAUAUGAAUUUACGCAUUCAUUCAUAAAUUACAGCACGCAAGUCAUCUUAGUUUCUUACACCCCCAGGUGUAAUUUCUUACACCCCCAGGUGUAAGAGUUUUUCUAGUACCGGCAAAAACACAUGCAAGAAUAUUCCUUUCUGUUCUAGACCUAGAUGCUUGACUAUGUUGCUUGUAAAAUUCAACUCUACAUUGAAGUAAAUUUAUUAAUAUAAAAUCCAGGAGUCAUCUGACCUGAAGUAAGAAUGUGCGAGGGCAGUGAUUGCUGAUGAGAAUACAUUAAACACUGGAUUUUUGGAAUCCUAUCAUUUAUCUAGUGCUAUCCAGAUAGAAUAAAUAGAGUUAUCAGUCUAUUAUUGCUGUCGAGUUUGGAAUUUUCCAGACUAACGUAGCAAGUGUAUUAAAUUUAUUAAGAAACUUG